UUCUUGGAAUGUUCAACGGCCCCUGGUUCAAGACCUAUUGCGUUCCAGUCAGCACUUGUACUCCGAGCUGCCCACGUAUAACUCCGUCUUCCAGACAUGCACAACGACUUGUCCACAGACAUGCGAGAACCCUUACUGGCAGAACUGUAAAAUUAAGUGCCACAACGGUGAAUGCGUUUGCCUGCCCAGAUUCUACAAGAAACUCGUGCAGGAAAAGGAGAAACAAUACAAAUAGAGUAUGUAGCUUCGGAAAGCCUGCCAGAGGGAAGCGAAAUCACCGAGUGUCGACUUUGCACCGGCCAGGAAUAUAUUACUAAAAUGCACAGGGAAGUGUUUGUGCUCCUGGUCAUCGGGAUUACCUUUGUAGGAGUCCACUCGCAGGGUCGUAAACGAAAGUGCAGACCCAACGAAGAAUUCCUGAGAGCUUACUUUCCCCGACAAGACGUCUUCUGCAGGCCCUGGCUCGCACUGCCUAGCGAAGUGCAUAAGCUGCAUUGGUGCGUUUGCAAAAAAGGUUACGUGCGCAAUGCGUGGGGAGUGUGCAUUAACAUGACCGACUGCUUGAGCUGCAAGGAGAAACCAUUCCAGGACUUCAAUCACUGUGGUUCUAAGUGUCCUUUGACUUGCGGAAAACCAAUACCAAAGGAGUGCUCGACCGAAUGUGUCUCUGGAUGCUCAUGCAGCCCGGGCAGUGUUCUUCACCCAUCGGAUAACAAGACCUGCGUUCCCGGCUACCUGUGCCCACCACAGUGUCCGCGCUUCUCGAGUUUCCAGGUCUGCACGCCAGUCUGCGAAGCGACGUGUGAUCAGCCUGAACCGCGUGAAUGCCGCACAAAGUGCCACAGCGGCAAGUGCGUCUGCCUGCCCCGCUUUGUGAAGGUUGUGUGGAAAGAACAAGACUACUGCGUACCACCAUUCGCAUGUCCAAACGAGGAAGGAAUGGGGGAGUCACCCUCUCCACCCCCUUUCUCUUUUUGAGAUGAUAGAACGUUUGAUUUAAGUUGAGUAGUCACUCACGCAGCACGAAUCACUUGUACGAAUUGUCCGGGCACUAUAGCUUUGUAUGUGGGAAGAGAACGCACCUAAAGAGCUGUAUACAUUUAUCGCGUAAUAAAGCAAGUCAAUA